AUGCCUAUACAAGUCUACUCGUUUUACAUCUUCGACCGGCAUACGGAGUGCAUAUACUCCAAACUCUGGCUCCCACGUCCAUCCUCCAGCCUAAUCACAAGUCCAACCACAACCACAACCACCACCACCUCUCGCCCACACUCGCAACAACUCUCCCUCCCGCCAUCAACAACGACUCCCACAGCCCCGACACCCUCCCUCCAAUCCAAGCAACGAAGAGACGAUGACGCGAAGCUAAUCUUCGGCACGGUGUUUAGCUUGCGCAAUAUGGUGCGCAAGCUCGGCGGUGAGGACGAUGCUUUUAUCGCGUACCGCACCGCGCAUUACAAGUUGCAUUACUACGAGACACCUACGAAUCUGCGGUUUGCGCUUUUGACGGAGCCCGGGGCGUUGAGUAUGCGGAAUGUUUUGCAUCAAAUUUAUAUUAAUCUUUGGGUUGAAUAUGUUGUCAAGAACCCGCUUUCACCAGUGGAACAUAAGGGCGGCGAAGGUGUUCGAAACGAGAUGUUUGAAAUGGGACUAGACAAGUUUGUCAGAGGCUUGAUGUGA